AUGUGCCAAAUCCCACGUCAAGUUUUCAACCAACACAUUCAGCAAAAUGAAGAAUUGGAGACUUUCUUUUCACAGGAAAGAGUUAACGACAAAUCUACAACAUCAGAAAUAGAGACAGCAUACAUCCAUGAUGACCCACAGGAAAUCUUUGACGAAGAUAUUUUGUCAUCAGCUAUAGGUGAUCUAAAUUUUGAAGAGCCUGAUAGUGACGUGGAGUUUGAUGACACACAAUCACAGGCUGCUGAAGAAUCAGAUGACGACUCUUGGUCAGAUGAAGAGCUGAAUUCAACAGAAACCUCACAACUUCAAUUACCAGAAAAGACACAAGAAGAUGUAGUGAUUGACAAUCUACGACAAUGGGCCAGCAGUACUCAAGUGCCUUACAUACAUGUUUCUAGUUUGCUGAAAGUACUUCAUAAGGAUGCAGGAUAUGCAUCCUGGGAAAUAUCGCACUUUGAUCUUGAAGCUUCUCUCGUCAGAUUUCUAGUGGCUUUACAGUCCAAAGGCAUCAAAAUUCCUUCUGAAAUUAAACUUCUUUUCAAUGCUGAUGGACUUCCACUGAGCAAAAGUGGCUCUAAUGAGUUUUGGCCCAUUCUCGUCAGAAUUCAGGGUUACGAUUUUGUUUUCGGUGCCGGGAUUUAUCAAGGUCGUGGAAAACCAGCAGACGUCAACGUGUAUUUAAAAUUCUUCGCUGCUGAUAUCCAUCAACUAAGAAGAUCUGGAUUACAGUUUGAAGGACAAACAAUUACUGUGUCUGUUUGCGGCAUGUCGAGUGAUGCCCCUGCCACGGCGUACAUUUUGAACAUCAAAGGGCAUAAUGCCUUUCAUGGUUGCAGAAUUUGCACAACCAGAGGUUCGUGGACACCAACGAUUUCGAAAAGAACUAACGCCAGGUCUGGGGGAAGAGUCACCUUUCCAGAAAUUAAUGCACCGUUGAGAUCUGACUCAUCAUUCCGUAAACGAGAAAACAUCCAGCACCACAAUAAAAACCAGAUCAGGUCUGUUGUCGAAGAUAUCAUUGAUGAUUUAACGGCAGACGUACAUUUAGAUUACAUGCACUUAGUUUGUAUUGGUUGCUUUAAAAAGUUACUAAAUGUAUUUUUUUGCCAUCCUUUUGAUAAUAUUCGAUUAAGUCCCGCCAGUUUAUUGGCUAUCUCAGCUUUUCGUGAACACGUUCGUCAAUACAUUCCAAGUGACUUUGCAAGAAAGCCUCGUAGUGCAAAAGAUCUUCCAAGAUGGAAAGCAACAGAGCUUAGACUAGAUCUAUUGUAUCUUUGUCCAGUAAUUUACAAGUGUUUUAUAACUAAAAAUAGCUAUGAUCAUUUGAUGUUGUUGCAUGUGUCUAUAAGGCUUUUAUUAGAAAGAGAUUCGUGCCAAGCUGAUGCAGACUAUGCGAACGAAUUAUUGAGACUCUUUGUUCAAGUAUCUUCGCAGCUUUAUGGCCCAGCAUUUGUGACUUUUAAUAUCCAUUCCCUAAUCCAUUUAGCGAAAGGUGUUAAAAAACAUGGCAGUCUUGAGGAUACUAGCGCCUUUUGCUUCGAAAACAAAUUGCAAGUCUAUAAAAACAUGGUUCGGCCAUGUGGUCGCUCAUUAGAGCAACUUGUUCGUCGUAUUGAUCAAGAAUGUAAAAUUUCGGUGUUGUCUGUAACCUCGAGAGUUUCCAGCGCUGCACAAAAACCAUUAGUUCUUAAAAUGCUUCAUUUUUGCGGACCUAUCUUGCCUGGACUUUUAUCGGGAAAACAGUACAAACAAUUAGUUUUGGAAAACACGAUUUUGACAAAUUCUUUGCCAGAUAACUGCGUUAUAAUCGAAGGAAACCAUGUUGUGUUGAUUGCAAAUUUUGUGUGGGAAUAUGAAAAACUGUAUGUAAUUGGGAGAAGAUAUUUACAUCAAGAAAACUAUUUCUCUUACCCAUUGCCAUCUAGUAAUAUCUAUGAAAUAGUUGUUUCUCAAUUGUCACACACCCUGGAAUCUUUUGAAUUUUGUGAAGUCAAGUACAAAUGUAUUCGAAUACCAACUUUUUUCCCAGAAACGGGGUCGUAUUUCGUGUCAAAACUGCUUAAUUUGAAUAUAAAUUGAAACUUUCUGCCUCUACUGAAUAAAAAAUUUGCCGCCA